AACCGUCCCUGAAGCCCUCAUUAAAAAAAUCUCCGGUACCAUCUCCGCCGCAACAACCACCACAAACUAUGGAAUCUCCAAAUCCAAAAUCACCGGAAAACCCCUCAGGGACAGUUCUUCUCGGUAAAUACGAACUCGGUCGACGACUAGGAAGCGGAAGCUUCGCCAAAGUCCAUGUAGCUCGUUCAAUCUCCACCGGCGAACUCGUAGCUAUCAAAAUCAUCGAUAAGAAGAAAACAAUCGAUUCCGGUAUGGAGCCGAGAAUCAUCCGAGAGAUCGAAGCGAUGCGUCGUCUCCACCACCACCCAAACGUCCUCAAAAUCCACGAAGUCAUGGCUACUAAAUCCAAGAUCUACCUCGUCGUCGAAUACGCCGCCGGAGGAGAGCUUUUCUCCAAACUCAUCCGAUUCGGUCGCCUUAACGAAUCGGCGGCGCGUCGUUAUUUCCAACAACUCGCCUCCGCGCUCAGUUUCUGCCACCGCGACGGAAUCGCUCAUCGUGACGUGAAGCCACAAAAUCUCCUCCUUGAUAAGCAAGGAAACCUCAAGGUCUCCGACUUUGGUUUAUCCGCUUUACCGGAGCAUCGUAAUAGUGACGGAUUGCUUCACACGGCAUGUGGCACACCGGCUUAUACAGCGCCGGAAGUAAUUGCUCAGAGAGGUUACGACGGUGCUAAAGCUGAUGCGUGGUCGUGUGGUGUGUUUCUCUUUGUUCUUCUUGCUGGUUACGUUCCUUUCGAUGAUUCCAACAUUGUCUCUAUGUAUAGGAAGAUUCACAAAAGAGAUUACCGGUUUCCGAGCUGGAUCUCGAAACCGGCUCGAUCUAUAAUCUAUAAGUUGCUUGAUCCGAAUCCGGAGACGAGGAUGAGUAUAGAAGCUGUGACUGGAACGGUUUGGUUUCAAAAAUCUUUAGAGAUUUCGGAAUUUCAGACUAGUGUGUUUGACUUGGAUCGGUUUCUUGAGAAAGAAGCGAAGUCGAGCAAUGCGAUUACAGCGUUUGAUUUGAUCUCGUUGUCAUCCGGAUUGGAUCUUUCGGGGUUGUUUGAGAGGAGGAAGAGGAAAGAGAAGAGGUUUACGGCGAGAGUGUCGGCGGAAAGAGUGGUGGAGAAGGCAGAGACGAUAGGGGAAAAGUUAGGGUUUAGAGUGGAGAAGAAAGAAGAAGCGAGGGUGGUAGGAUUGGGAAAAGGAAGAACCGCGGUGGUGGUUGAGGUGGUGGAGCUGGCAGAAGGGUUAGUUGUGGCGGAGGUGAAGGUGGCGGAGGGUGAAGAGGAGGAGGAGGAGACUCAUUGGUCGGAGCUAAUUGUAGAGUUUGAGGAGAUUGUGCUCUCAUGGCACAAUUGACGUCAUCUAGAAGUUGCUUCUUUGUUUUUUAAUUGUGUAUAUAUCUCAAGAUGACUUUAGCUUUGCUCUCAAGGUUCAGUUUUGUAAAAUUAUGAAGACUAGUGGAUUCACUUUAUGUCACUUGAGCUUGAGCAUCAACCUCUCUUCUUACUUUUGAUACAAAAGUGACAUAGGAAUUUUUUUGCCGGCGUAAAAUAGUCAAGAU